CAGGUCACAUGAUUUGUGCCCUCCACUUGGGAAGAAAUCUCUGGCAGUUCAGAAAGAUAAUAAAAUGCAUCAUCCCUGGCAGCACACCAUUCCACACAUACAAUGGUUAUGGUUGCUACUGUGGACUGGGCGGAUCUGGAACCCCUGUUGAUGCACUGGACAGAUGCUGUGAAACUCACGAUAACUGCUACUCCGCCUCCAGCAAAGCUGCCGACUGCAAUCCUAUCUUUGAUAGCCCAUAUUUUGAGAUUUACUCUUACAGCUGCAAAAAUAACAUUGUCACCUGCUCCAGUGAAAACAACCGCUGUGAAACGCACAUCUGUGAGUGUGACCGGAAUGCUGCGCUCUGCUUCUCUACAUCAACCUAUAAUGAGAAAUACAAGAAUCUUGGCAAAAGCCAGAUUUGUCAGUAG